CGCAGACCAAAUUUCCAGGGAUUGUUGUCGGUUGGCCAACCCAUAUUUUCCGGUCCCCCGGCCUGACUGUUUCAAAUCGCCCAUUCUCUCUUCAUCGAAUGAAUCGAAGUAGUAUCCAGCUGUGAGGAUCUAGUCUAUCCGGCUUCAUAAACACACACCACGAAUAGCGGGGCUUUGGUCGAAGUGAGACCGGUAAUCUGUUCAUCAGAGUCAGGCUCUCAUAGAGCCCGGAAUCGGAGAGUGAAUGAGGUUGAUGCUGCUCUGUUGUGACUGGAAGGACGAACGUAUGGGAGAGGAGGAAGCUGGCAGAAGCUUGCCCGUGUGUGCGGGAUGCAGACAGCGGAUCUAUGAUGAACAGUAUCUCCAGGCACUCAACACUGACUGGCACACAGUUUGCUUCAGAUGCUGUGAGUGCAGUGCCUCCCUGUCCCACUGGUACUAUGAGAAGGAGGGCCGGCUCUUCUGCAAGAAGGAUUACUGGGCCAAGUUCGGAGAGCUGUGCCAUGGAUGCAAUGACCCCAUCACCACCGGACUGAUUAUGGUCGCAGGGGAACAGAAGUACCACCCAGAAUGCUUCACCUGUCUGAACUGCAGAGCCUUCAUCGGAGACGGAGACACCUACGCACUGGUGGAGAGGUCCAAACUAUACUGUGGCCUCUGUUACUACCGGACUAUCGUGACGCCGGUGUCCCUGCCAGACUCACCAUGCGCCAGGAUUCCCCACACGGUGACCCUGGUGUCCAUCCCAGCCUCCACAGACGGGCGGAGAGGGAUCUCAGUCGCCAUCAACCAGCCUGUCAGCCCCAAUGGCUACGGCCCCGAACGCACUGUCAGGGUAUCACAGGUGGAUUCUGAGUUGAUCAGUCCAGAUGUGAAGAACUCCAUACAUGUCGGAGACCGGAUCCUGGAGAUCAACGGAACACCCAUCAGGAAUGUUCCUCUCGAUGAGAUUGACCUGCUCAUCCAGGAGACCAGUCGUCUGCUCCAGCUGACCAUAGAGCACGACCCCCACGACCAGGGGGGUUUAGAGGGUGAGACAGUGGGUGGACCCCUGACCACCCCCCUGUCUGACGGUCCAAGCCCCAUCCUCCCCAUCACUCAGCCCCCACACCCAGAUAUCAACAACCUGCGCUCACGCAUGAUCACGCGGAGCUACAGUAUUGAUAAGUCUCCGUGCUCCAGUAACGCAGCGUCCCCUCUCUCUCAGAGGAAGGACUUUAACCGCUCCGAGUCACUGCGGGUCGUCUCCAACAGUCGAAUGCACCGGAUCUUCCGGCCUUCAGACCUCAUCCAUGGAGAGGUGCUGGGAAAAGGCUGCUUUGGACAGGCCAUCAAGGUGACCCACAGAGAGACAGGGGAGGUGAUGGUGAUGAAGGAGCUGAUUCGUUUUGAUGAUGAGACACAGAGGACAUUCCUAAAAGAGGUGAAGGUGAUGCGUUGUCUGGAGCACCCCAACGUGCUGAAGUUCAUCGGUGUCCUUUACAAAGAUAAGAGACUCAACUUCAUCGCAGAGUACAUCAAAGGAGGAACCCUGAGGGAGACAAUCAAGAAAAUGGACACCAACUACCCAUGGAACCAGAGAGUGAGCUUUGCUAAAGACAUCGCUGCAGGAAUGUCAUAUCUGCAUUCCGUGAACAUAAUCCACCGCGACCUGAACUCAUACAACUGUCUUGUCAGAGAGAAUAACAGUGUGGUGGUGGCAGACUUUGGGCUGGCUCGGCUGAUGGUGGAAGACAAGAUCCAGGACAAGAGUCUCCUGCAGAAGAAACCUGACCGCAGGAAGAGAUACACGGUAGUGGGCAACCCCUACUGGAUGGCCCCGGAGAUGAUCCACGGGAAAAGCUAUGAUGAAAAGGUGGACAUCUUUUCCUUCGGGAUCAUGCUUUGUGAGAUCAUCGGUAGGGUGAAUGCAGACCCAGACUACUUGCCCAGGGCCCAUGACUUUGGGCUGAAUGUGACAGGCUUCUUAGAGCACUUCUGUCCUCCAGACUGUCCCCCAGCCUUCUUCCCUAUGGCUGCCCUCUGCUGUGACCUGGAUGCUGAGAAACGCCCCGCCUUCACCAAGCUGGAGGGGUGGCUGGAGAACCUGAAGAUGCACCUGGAGAUCCGCCUGCCGGUGGUGUCCGAGCUCGACACGCUACACAAAGCGUUUUGGGGAAACCACACCGCCCCCACCAUGGCUUGCACCGCCAUGCGGUCUGAGAACGGCCUGCCCCCACACCCCGAGACUCCGGAGUAGAUGGGAUCUGUAACAGAGUGGAAUGCUGCUGGUCUCAGCCCAUGAGAGAGGGGGUUAUGGUGGUCAUUGAGGAGGGUAGUUGAGCCUCUGGCAAUGGAGUAGUUGCAUUGCAUUGUCCAGGGAGGGGUGAGGCAGGAGCUCUGUAUGUACCUCCUCAUGCCACAGCAGUCACAGUGGUCAUAUAGGCUAACAGUGAGCUGUCAAUGGGCUGUAUAGACUCAGGGGGAACCGAGGAAGGGAAAAGCCAGCCUUGCCUAAAGGCACUCACUCAUUCAACUCCAACUAAGAGAGACUCACUCAGACUACCAUUACUACUAUCAUAGCUUCAGUCUCAUGAUUGCUGUACCUUAGCUGAAUGUCAGGCUGGCAACUGCUAGCUAGCAGUAUCAGUCAAUCCCAGCUGUAAAAACAUCCAUCUUAACACUCAUGUCAUCUUUAUCUUAUUGAGAUGGUGUUCAAGCAUUUUCAGAUGUCACUUUAAAAAAAAAAAUUAUGCUUCAGCCUCAUUGGUAGGGGUCCCUCCUCCAGAGUGUUUGUACAAUAUCAUGUGUUUGAAAAGUAUUCCUCUGUGUGACUGGUUUGAUUUAAUUUGAUAAUAUCAAAACCACUUUUUGAAAUGCUAAAGGAGGGGCCUUUUAUGUGGAUAAUACGAAACACAUAAGUUGAGACGCACACACACAAUCCAGAUGUACAAUAUAAUAGAGCAAAUGCUUUUGAGCAUAAACAAAAAGCUUUUUAAACACUGCAUGACUGUAAAUAGCCCCGUCUGUGUCCAGUAAGCCUUGUCUGUUGUCUCCUCCUCUCCCCCUCUACUGGUGACAGUUGUGUCACAAAUGGUAUCCUGUUCCCUUUAUAGUGCACUGCUUAAGACCAGUUGCUAAAGCGUAUUACCAAAGUAGUGCACUAUAGGGUGCCAUUUGGGAUGCAUACUUAAAGUGACGCCCCUGGUAGUGUAGAACAUAUGGUCCAUGAAUGACUAUUCCUUCUCUCACUGUGCAGCACUGACUUGACUUUGAGGUAAACUUCUUUCACACCUUUGAUACAUUUUUCCAUUUCAUAUGUUUAUUACUCUCUCUUUCCUUCUCAUUCACGUCGAGGUGAAAUCUUAUGUAUUCAAACUCAACCCAACCAAUGUAUAUAGCCAGUGAUAAUAUCAUAUUGUAAAUGUUUUAAAUAUUCUAAAUGUACAGACAUAUUUUGUAUACUUAUAAUGUAUGCUACAUUGCCAUAUUUUUAUUGGGCUACCUGUUGAAAUGAAGGAGAAUAAGAAAAGUUAGGCAGUGGUAGCUGAUAUGGAGCUGAUGACUUCCUGUCUUGGGUUGCCAUAGUGCCAGACAGUGGUAGAGGGCUUUUAGGAAGUUAAUGCGAAGAGCAUCUUAGGGUCCUAGCUCACUCCUACCGACCAUCACUGUAAGUGUAAGCACUCUCACAAGAUGUGUCCCAUUUACUCCCGUCGUCUCCUCUCUGCAUAUCAAGUUAUUUUGUUUACAGCAGCCUUUGAUCUGGUCUAGACUCCAGAGAGUGCCCUGACUAUGACCUUGGAUAUAACUACUCUGUGGGUAUCGCCUCAAUUGAAUGCAACCAUAACAAGAGAAUCAACACAGAGUCACAAAAUGAAGGUUAUGUAGUUUGGCAUUAUAUGCCAAGCCACAUUUACCGUUUAUUCCUCUCAAAAGAAAUUGAGGAUAAUUUGUUAGUUGUUACUAUAGAGUUCUUUAGUCAUCCAUAGCAGGGUGGAUGUGUUGUGGAAGUUGGAGACAGCCAGAGAGUCACAUCAUAGUGUCUCUCUGACCACAAGCCUCUCUCAGUCCUACAGUACAUGGAGACAAACUUAGUCACAACACAAGUCUCCUCUACAUGGAAUUCCCUAUGGGAGGCCCUCUGUUUACACACAAACUGCUGGCUGUAAUUAAUAUCUAUAUUGUAUGUCUGUUGUUAUGCCUCUCAUACUACACUCUCUUGAAAAUAAUCUCUCACUGUAUGUGAAUCUUUCUCUUGAACACAUUGUCACUCUCAUUCUCUCACACGUGUUCUUUUUCCAUCAAACAUUUUCUCUAUUCCCUAUUUUCCACUUGAAGAUGAGCUGCAUGGUGUACUUGCUAUUGCGAUCACUUCUGCUGUAUAACCAGGCUAUUCUUUUCAUUUUAAAGCUAAAAUUGUGAUUAAAAGGAAAGAAAGAAAGAGUCAGGAAAGAGUGUACAGACAGAGACAGGAAAGAGUGUACAGACAGAGACAGGAAAGAGUGUACAGACAGAGACAGGAAAGAGUGUACAGACAGAGAAAGGAAAGAGUGUACAGACAGAGACAGGAAAGAGUGUACAGACAGAGACAGGAAAGAGUGUACAGACAGAGAAAGGAAAGAGUGUACAGACAGAGACAGGAAAGAGUGUACAGACAGAGACAGGAAAGAGUGUACAGACAGAGAAAGGAAAGAGUGUACAGACAGAGACAGGAAAGAGUGUACAGACAGAGACAGGAAAGAGUGUACAGACAGAGAAAGGAAAGAGUGUACAGACAGAGACAGGAAAGAGUGUACAGACAGAGAAAGGAAAGAGUGUACAGACAGAGACAGGAAAGAGUGUACAGACAGAGAAAGGAAAGAGUGUACAGACAGAGACAGGAAAGAGUGUACAGACAGAGAAAGGAAAGAGUGUACAGACAGAGACAGGAAAGAGUGUACAGACAGAGACAGGAAAGAGUGUACAGACAGAGACAGGAAAAAUGACAAAAUACAGUUAAAAAAACACAGCAUCUCUUUUUCUAUAUAAUGACUGAAAUCUUUUUGUAUAUAUUUGAGUACUUUGAUUUGCACUUUCAAUUUUGGGUUACUUGUGAUAAAGAACUAAAAUGACGGUUGAUAAUAUGAAUGCAAGUCACUGAUGGAGCCUUUCAAUUAAAUUGUAAACGUGUCCUGGGAAAUUCUUCCUUCUUUGUAGCAAACCAGAGUUAGGUGGCCAUUCUGAUGCCUGCAGGUAUUUAUUAUUAGAUAACUCUGUCACAGCAUGUCUGUAUCUAACUUGGUUCUCAUUUCAGACAUAUCCUCAACUUUAAAAACAUGGUACAUGCAACAUUGAGUGGUUCAAAAGAGAUACCUCCCAGCCCUACCUUCUAAUUGUCUAAACUAUUCAGCCUAGUUAUUUCAAAUUCUUCUAGUUUGCUACAGAGAGGAUGAAAUAACCAUGGUCUGUCUGCUGCCUAUAGACCGAUCCUUUGUGAAUGAAGUUCUGUGUCUUCUUGACUGUUUCACCUUACGGUGAUGUCCAGAGAGGGUUAAACCACUGUUAGUCUGUCAUCAAAAGAGAGCACUUGUACGAUGCCUUUUUCACAUUAUUGUGCCAACCCGAACAGUAUUGAGCUGGCUAGAUAUCUUCCUUUCCAAAACGAUUCCAGAAACUAGGCUGGAUGUGAAACAAGGCCAGUGUAGUACACAUAUGUUUGCCUUGUCAUGGAAUCGGCUCAGUUGUGUGAAAAGGGUAUACUUACUGGCCUAUUCAAUCACCAAAAUCACAGUAGUACAAUAAGCCUCCAAUGAGCAUGCAAUCCUCUACCUACCUGUCAAUGUAUAAAUCAGUACAGAAAAUAUCUCUCUUAUGCACAUCUUCUGCUAAUGUGUUUAUCAAUGGGCAUGUAUGGGAAUUCAAUUGAAGUAUGUAUGGGACUUUGCCAUGUUUGUAAAUAUGUAUCACCAUGUAUGUCAAAGCCACAUUGUCAAGCAUGUUAUGGAUGUAUGGAUGAGAAUGUGUCAGCAGCACUUCUUUGCAAAGUAUCCUUACCGCUGAACAAUAUGCUGUGCCUUUGUUUUAAAGCUAGCCUUGCCAACGACUCGACUCGAAAUGCGUUUGUUUGAACUGAUUUUUUGGUGUAAAAUUCAAACCUGAUGAUAAUGAAUGGAUUUAACAUCCUUGCUGAUAUUUUGUUUUAUUAUGAAAAUUUCCUCUUGUUGUAUAUCAUAUUUAUAUUUUCCAUAUUUCUCAAUUUUUGAUAUCUUAGGGAUUAUGGUUCAUUUUAUUUUCCUUUUAUUUAAAAAAACAACACAAGCUGUGAACCUUUCUGCACUUUAAUCCUGAACGUGAACAUUGACAACCCUAGGAGACCACUGUAUUUCAUCACAGCUGGAAUAAACGUUUUGCUCCUUAAUGAAA